UGCCACUUGGAACGCCUUCGACAGGCCGCCCAAGGUGGUCACGAUGACACACAACUGUCAAAACGCGGCUGACGCGAUAUUUACGUAAAGCUUCCGCUCCCUGUCGAAACUCAAUCGCAGCGAGUAUUUACAUAAUUACAUAUGUACAUAAUACGUAAUUUGACUGUCAUGACACCGGAUCUGGCUGCUGAUAUUGACCACAUGCAGAUUUCACUCUCUCCCGCUGUCCUCCCGCAACAGCCGCUUCCUCCCCCCUCCUGCUCCUUUCUUGAACCCUCCUCUGCAGUCCCUUCGACUCUCCCUCCGCUCGCAACUUGCAUUCGGCUCCCUCCCCAGCCACCAUCUGACCUACAGCCACUGCGGAAAUCACUCUCCUUACACCUACACUGCAGAAAUCUCUUCUUCCAUUCGUUCGCCGCGGACAUACCCUCCAGCGUCGUAAGCCCAUUCAUCUCCCACCGAAAUCGCAGGUCCCUUCCGGUUCCUCUCCGCAUUCAGUUCAGUCCGCUAUUCAUCUCCCGCUCGACAAUUUCCUCCAAUCUCCAGGUCGUUGGCGGACUACUCAGCGGCCGGAAGGAGUCUCGAACCUGCCCUCCAGCCACAUCAGGCCCGUUGAGUUCCAAAGGGUCCAGGUGGGCUCCUGACUACGAUUGCAGAAAAGGUGCCAUAUUUUCCGGCGCUAUCGAAUCCAGCUGUCCCGAACGUCUUUCUAUCGUGAUCCAGCUGGUCCGAGCCAUCGCUUGAUCCCGUCAAAGGGGCCUCCAUCGGUCGCGUUCAGGGUUGAUCGCUUGGAUAGGCACGGAGACGUUUAGGUUGAUCGCUUUGAUAGGCCCGACGGAAGCACACUGGGCCCCACCCAAAAAAAAAAAACCUUUCGGCAUAUUAGCGAUCGAGCCGUGGGCCUGAAAUUAUUCUUACGCGAGCCCAAUAUCCUCGCGCUUUC